AAAUAUGCCCCCAAACUUGUAAGAGGGUAGAAAUUGUCUGGAUUUGGGUCGUCUCCAACUGACUUUGAAAAUGAUCUCCGCGUGAAGAGAGAAUGAUGGAUUGAGAAUUGGAGAGUAACCGUUCUCUGACAUUUCUCUUCUUCGCAUUAACUUUUCCAUAUACACAGCUUUGGUCUUUUCGAAAUAAAAAAUUCAUUCCUUGUUUUCAGAACUCAACUUUCAGAUUUCUUACAGUUCCGACAUUCCGACUUCGAAGAGUGUUUCACUUUCCUCACUUCCCUCUGCUUCUUCUCCUUUCUAUCUCGCUCUCUGUCUGUCUGAUUUCUGCUUCUACGGUCGAAUUCUCUUUGAAAGAAGAAGAUGUCAGCUGUGGGACAGCUUUUCGGAGGGUCCUUCCUUCAAGUGGCCUUGGACAGAUUUGCGUCUCCUGAGUUGCUGGAAUUCUUAAUCCUAUGGGAAAUCGACUUGGAUGAAGUGGAGUCACUGAAGCGGACAUCAGCCAUGAUUCAGGCCCUAUCUGAUGAAGCUGAAGUGAAGCAAUUCAACAAUGGUGCUGUCAAACUUUGGCUCGACCACCUCAAACAACUCCUUUAUGAUGCAGAAGACAUACUGGAUGAAUAUGCCACUGAACUUCUACGGCUGAAAUUGGAAUCUGCUCACCAGACCCAACAGUUUUCUGCAGACCAUGAAGCUUCAAUCGGUCACCAAAAAAAUCGUGGAAGUUCAGUACAGGAGGAAUCUGUUCUACAAGUCAGCAGAUUAUGUCAUGCAGAGGGUACACUUCAUAAUAUCUGGCUGCAUCAACAAUGACAAGAGGGAGAUGAUAUCAACACAUUUGAAGUCUCUUGUGAUAAAUACUUCAUGCACUAAAAUCAUGAUUCAAGGCAUCAUUCAGUCUAACAGCAUUUUCAUAGAUACGUCACUAAAACAUUUGUAUCUAACUACAUACAUAAAGUGCUCUGCAAAAGAGAUAAUAGAUCAGACCAUUGGAUAAUGUAAAUGUCAAAGCAAAAAAGAUGUUUUCAAUAAACAAAUAAAUUCUCAAGAAGAUGUCCUUUUGUUUCAUAUGACAUUAUUGAACAUAGAGAGGUAUUAAGUUGGAUAUGGUGUGUCCUAAUUCAGUGAACCUUUCCUCUAGGCAGCUCUCAUGGGCUAUAGUCCUCUUGUUCAUUAAGAUUUUCUAUUAUAAUUGCAUCAGUUGAAUAACCUUUAUUCCAUUUUAGAUUAAAAUGGAAUGCUGCUUGUGGAAUUAUAGGCAAAUUUUUUAUGUGAAAUAAUGACUAGUCAUUUGAUUUUGUUCAUUAAAAAUAAUAGAGAAGGGGAAAACCUAGAGUUUUUCUAGGAUCACAGGACUGGGAACAACACAGAUCUGAUUGGAGAAACCCAAUUAGGGAAGUCAAAAUAAGUCUGAUAUGCACAGAAGUUAGAUCGAUUGAUCAGUUCACUUAGGAGAAUAAAAUAGAUAUGUUUGAAAGAGAUCCGACAAUCAGAUCCCAAGCUAUUGAAGAAUCCUACUUGAAAUAGGACAGAUUAAGAAAUGGAAUUCAAUUGCUGAAUUUAGAGAUUUCAGAACAGUAAUCAAUGAUGAACAAAAUAAUGGAUAAACAACAAUGGAGACUCAACAGAAAGUCAGAAACAAGAGAAUAAUAAUCUAAAAUAAUAUCUCAAAUAUAAAGUCAAAACAGAGAUUUUAAGAACUCAGAUUUGAAUUAGAACUCUAGGAAACCGAUGGCAGCAACUGAAUAAUUCAAAUCAGGACUAACAGAGUUUAUUCAGUAAUAGCAUUAGAAAAGUUAUGAAGUCAGAGUUGAAAUUUUAGAUCUUAAAUUUAGAUCAAGAAGAAGUAUAAUGGUAGUAGGACUUCUAGUUCGAUUGAAAAAGCCAGAUUUUUAAAACCAGUAUUCAGGUUAUAACUAUAAACAGGUUCAGAAUAGAAUAUUAAGGAGAACGACGUAGAUUAACCAUAUUAGCAUCAGUAAACAGAAACGAAAUAAAAGAAAGAAAAGAUAAACACAAAAAAGAACGAAGAAGUCUGACUUGUUGAAUCGAUAGAAGAAGAUAACCAGAAGAGAAGAUGACUCAAGAAUUCCACCAGGCUUUUCUACAUCUCACUACAAACAAAGCUUCGAAACAGUGAAUAGCUUGCUAUCGAGGUAGUCUAAACUGACUAAAUGUCUGCAUAAAUUGAAGAAAGCAACUUAAAAUGAGGUUGAACUCAUAGUCUCUCGCUUAUCCAACCAACUUCUAGUACUUAAUAACAAUUAGAAUGAAAAACUAGGCAUGAAUAGUAAACAUUAACAAUAACACAUGCUAAACUUGAACAUGACCAACCUGCAGGCUAUUUUGGUCUGUUUUAUCAUUCUUUCUUUUGUUGAAAUUCUACUGAAACAAACAAAGAAGAGACAAGGAAGUUAAAUUACCUUCCGAAUUUCCAAAAUGUAAUUAUAUUGCUCUUUUUUUCAUUUCUUCUGUCUAUUCCAGUAGCUUCCUAAUAAGUAAAUAACUAUUUAAGAUUACCAAUAUCUGGCCUCAUUUUACAUUGAAUUAAUGCUAGAAGUUGUUCUGCUCCAGACUUUAUUUCACCAGAAACUGAUACAAUAACAGAUAAGAUAUGCAUAUUCUGUCAAGGAGAAAUGUCAGAAUCAUCUCUCUCAGAUGUUCAGAUUACAUUUGUCAAAGAAAAAAGAAAACCAAAUUAAAGUAAAUAAUCUGAUUCUACUACCAUUAUCUCAGACUUAUAUGCUUGAGCAGAAAAUAAAAUCUCUAUUGGUAAGGGGAACCCAAGAGUACAAGCAAUCACUGAUUCACUAUAUUAUAUGUGAAAAGAUAAGCAAUCAGAACUACUAUUGAUUAGGUUUGAAAGCACAAACACACAACUAUUUAAAAACCCAAAUAUAGAAAAGAAACAACAAUUGAAUUGAUAGAAUGCAUCUAGGUGAUCUAUAUCCACAAGCCAAUAAAACCAAAUAAUCUAGGAAAUCAACAGAAAAUGUUCACCAAGCACAACCAGCUAGCAUUACCAUGUAAAUCACUGGUUAACAGCCUACAAAUAUCUUAAAGAAAGAUUUGGUCACCUUUAUGUUUCAGGAGUGGCUUCGCUCUUCAAAGAACUUUGUCAAUGGCCAUUUCAUAUCUAAAUUUGUGACCAUUGAACUGGGACUCUGCCGUCUUAAGGAUGAACAUCUCUCAAA